CAGGGGGAACGUCGAGGUCGCGACGCGAGUAUAUUUACGCCAGAUGCGUCGCGCCGCAGACGCCCGUCGUUCCAUUAGUUAGUAACGUGCUGCAAAAAGUAAUUCCGGAGAAGAGCUACAGUAAACGAAGUCCAGAUGAAUUUGUAAACAGUUCGGUGCGAAGAAUUGCAGAACCCGGGUUGCAAGGACGCACCUAAAGCAUUAGAUGCAGAAUUAAAUAAUCGCGCGCCAAUUGAAGGCAAAGAUUAAGGAAACAAGACAACAAAGGCAGUAAUAUAAGUUCACAUCAACAAUAAUGUUAUUUGUCUUCAAAUACAAUUUGGCAUGGAGCUUACGCCGUCUAAAGUUUAGCUGUUAAAGAUGAGGCUCCCGAUAAAAAUGUCCUUAAUCGUAAUAUUUGGCGUGUUCGUGAUCUUGUAUCAAUACAAUCUAUCGAGUGCCUGGAUUUCGGCCGACAACAAUGCGGAAGAAUUGACCCAGAUUUAUGGGGAGAAGAGCAAGUACAACGAUACUGACGGACCGACGGCGCACAGGCUCACCCAAGUAAAUAUAGACACCGAGUCGGAUCUGCCACCUCUGUACGUAAUUACGCCGACGUACAGGAGGUCCGAGCAGUUGGCGGAGCUGACCAGACUAUCGCACACACUCAUGCAUGUGCCAAACAUGCAUUGGCUGGUGAUCGAGGAUGCCAUGGUGAAGACUCCGCUCGUCGAGGAGUUGCUUCAGAAGACCGGACUGCCUUACGAUCACUUAAUAGCACCCAUGCCAGAGCAGUACAAAAAGAAGAAGAAGGAUCCAAAACCUCGUGGAGUUUCGAAUCGGAACAAGGGUCUCGAGUGGAUCAGGAAAAAUGCACGCACGGGCGUCUUCUAUUUCGCCGACGACGACAAUACCUACGAUCUGGAUAUCUUUGAAGAGAUGCGGUAUACAAAGCGCGUCUCUAUGUUCCCGGUAGGUCUAAUCACGAAGCUCGGCGUCAGCUCGCCGGUCGUCAAGAACGGGGAAUUCGUAGGAUUCUACGACGGCUGGAUAGCAGGUCGGAAGUUCCCCGUCGAUAUGGCCGGAUUCGCUGUCUCCGUCAAAUUCUUGUUGGAACGUCCAAAAGCCAUAAUGCCUUUUAAACCAGGCUUCGAGGAAGACGGAUUCCUCCGGAGCCUGCAGCCUUUCGAGCCGAAGGAGAUUGAACUUCUGGCCGCAAACUGUACAAAAAUCUUAGUAUGGCAUACGCAAUCGAAGAAGAACGAGCCUUCCUUACCUGUAGACAUAUCAAAGUUCAAUAAUACUAACAUAUUAAAGCUAAAGCAGAUUCUAGUAUAGCGUACGGCUGAUCCGCGACCUGGUGCUUCUAAAACGGUUUUCCUAUUGAAAACAAAGAUUCAUAAUAAACUAUUUGACUCAAUCAUUAAGGUGCGCCAAAGGAUCGUUGGCGUGUUUGCCGCGCAAAAUUUUUCAUUAUUUAGUUAUUUCCGACAUCGUUCAUAUCGGCUCCUUCAGUUAAUAGAGGGAGGGAGCAAAC